GAGCUGAAGUCAUAGCCUAGGAGAUUUAUAUAAGGUAGGAUGAAGGUGUGAUGGAGGGCCACUGAAUAUCCAACCAUCCCAUCUUCUAGGAUUAUAUCCCACCCUUAGCAUCACUUCCAAGAGGCUCUCUAACGUCCAUCUACAUACCAUUCUCCACCCCUCCUACAUUUCAGAGGACCAUCACCAUUCCAACCUCAAUCCUCAAAGUCCACCUUUAAGGAGAAUCCGACGACUCUGCUAUUUCCUUUCGCUCACCAUUACUACACAAUCAAGAUGAGACCCGCGGCAGCGUUCACCAUUAUGUUCGCCGCCACCACCCUCGCCACUCCCGCACCCAAGCCCCUCGCGGACCCUUCUCUCGAAGUCCUCACCGAUGCACCGUCUUUCGCGCCGGAAGUUGACGCGCGCGCCGCCGCUUUCCUCGAAGCUCGCGACCCAAAAAGCGGAAGUAGCAGCUCCAGCUCCAGCAGCAGCGGCGGCAAGAGCAGCUCCGGAAGUAAGAGCAGUUCCGGGAGCAAGACGGGGAGCAAAAUCGGCAAGAGUGGCAACAAAUCCGGAAACGACUCGGACAGCGCGGCGGCGAUGCUGACUUCGAACGUCGUGCUUGAGCUUGGCGCCCUGGGUUUGGGCGUUUUGCUUUGGGUGUGAGUGGAGGGGAGGAAGGGAGUGUACGAUAUGACGAAGUCAACUUCUGGGUGGAAGACUGCACGACGACCAGAGCGCUGUUCCGGGCGAACUAGCAAUGGCCUUCGCACCGUCGCGUGCAUGCGUGGAGCAUGCAUGCACUACACCACAAGCGAUCGAACCUGUACGACUAUAACGAAUGCGUCGAUCUUGUCCCAGCGUUUUUUUCCAGCGAUUUCUUAG